UCUCUCUCUCUCGAUCUAUCUCUUUCUUUUUCACUCUCUUGGUCUCAUUCUCGAUCCACGUGUUGCGGUGCUUACAUGUCGGCCGCGUAAGCUACAGAUCGCACACGAUCAAGGGAGUUGUGGUAGCGCGAGGAAAUUGUACAAUGGGUCAGUUCACCAAAAGGCAAUGGCUCACUCUAAUUGUCAUCAGCAUCGCCGAUUUUGCCAACGCGAUCUGCGUAUCGCUGCAAGCUCCCUUUUAUCCUCACGAGGCGGAGAAGAAAGGAGCCUCGGCGACGGAGUACGGAUUAGUUUUUGGUAUAUUCGAGCUGGUUGUCUUCAUUAUCAGCCCCAUCUACGGACAGCACAUUAAUCGAAUAGGUCCCAAGCUGUUAUUCAACGGAGGCAUUCUCACAACUGGAACGUGCGCCAUCUUCUUUGGUCUUCUUGAUAAAGUCGAAGGUCAUUACCCCUUCAUCGUUCUUUCCUUCCUCAUACGGAUAAUCGAGGCCCUUGGAAAUGCUGCCUUUCUCACGGCGAGCUUCGCCAUCAUAGCCAAGGAGUUUCCCGAUAACGUUGCCACCACCUUCGCGAGCCUCGAAACAUUUUUCGGUCUGGGCCUCAUCGUCGGGCCGACCGUCGGAGGAGCUCUAUUCCAGUUAGGAGGAUAUACAACGCCAUUCGCAGUCCUCGGCUUCGCGCUCUUCCUCGCUGCCGUGGUCACGGCUUUCGUGCUUCCCAUUCAUCAGCACAACGAGCAGGACAAUCAGAGCACCGAGGGCAAGUUCAUGAAGGUGUUAAAGGUGCCAGGGGUCAUGGUGGCGAGCGCCUCGAUCGUCGCCACGAGUAUGAGCAUCGGCUUCCUCCAGGCGACCCUCGAGCCCCAUCUGCGCCAAUUCGACAUGAGCCCGGUCGUGCUGGGCCUGAUGUUCAUCAUUAACGGCGGCACCUACGCGAUGACCGCGCCUGUCUGGGGUUGGCUGUGCGACAAACACUCGACGCCAAAGGUGGCGACCGUCGCCGGUUGUAUCAUAGUGAUGAUAGGAUUCGGCCUCAUCGGACCCGCGCCCUUCAUACCCUACGAGACGAUGCUCUGGAUGACGAUAUGCGGGCUGGUUAUCCACGGCCUGGGGAUGGCGGCGCAGCUCGUUGCCAGCUUCACCGACGCUCUAAGGAUUGCGAUAUCUCACGGAUUUCCAAAUAAUAUCGAAACCUACGGCCUUAUUAGUGGACUUUGGACGAGUACUUUCGCUCUCGGCGCCUUCAUUGGUCCGAGUAUAGCCGGCAUAUUGUUUGACAAUAUUGGAUUUAGAAACGCUUCCAUGUUUAUCGUUAUAUUGCAUUUUAUUGUGGGCGUGACGGCGUUCAUGUUCCUGAGCUGCUGCAAACGAGGCCCCAAGCCCUACACGGAGAUCGGAGCUAGCGAGGACCUGCGUGUAUCGCUGACGGACAGCGGCCGCUCCCACAGUACGAGCCUCGCUCGAGCCGGUGGACCCGGGGUGCCGAUCGACCGGCCCAGCGGCAUGAACUCCCUGAUGGCCUGCAACAGCUACUCGAACCGCGCAGGCGCCUGGACGCGGGGCUCCUACAGCGGUCGCUACGUCAACAGCUACGGUAGCUGUUAGGCACGUUUUGUAUCUUGCGAAAGAUAUGAGUACCCCUCCCCCUCCCGCCCGAGUACCGCGCCACGUUCUCACUCUAAAGUGAAAAGCUGCUCUGGCUUUCUUAUUAUAACGAAAAAACAGCAAAAAGCAAAAAAUAUAAAAU